AUGCAGGAGCCCACGUCGAGGGGGGAGUUUGGGCGCAAGACCUAUUUUCUGAUGGGUCACUACAUGCCAGCCGGCACCGGCACGCCCGUCAUCUCCGUUGCGCUUGCAGCUGGCCAUGGUCACUCCGGGCAGGAUGGCCGGCUGGAGCUGUGGUUAGGAAACGACUGCAAGGCUCCGGACAACGAAGAGGAAGGUAUGCAGUCAUCCGCAGACUUGUGGGAUUUCGGCAAGAGCAAGAGGCAUGCAGAGAAGAGAGGUGAGGGGGCUGCCGUGUUGAUUUGUAGGUCCGCCGCCACUCUGCCAGACAAGACAGAAGACACCGUCCACGCAGAAUCAGCGACCACACCAGCAGAAGACGUCGACACUAGCAGGCCGGAACCCUUGCGUGCUGUGUGCUUUGUUGGCUUCCCGCCACCGGAGUUGCUGAACUACCAGAGUUCCAUCAGCAUCAUGGAAGGUCUCAUCGCCCACAUGACUUACCAUGACGAGGGCCUGACCAGGAGUCAGGUCUACAACGCCUACUUCAGGUCGCGGCACAUGCUCCCGAAGGAGAAGGACAUUCUACCUCUGGAAGAAGCCAACGAGCGCAGUGAGUCCAUUAUGUAUCCGUUCCAUCACCAACAACCGUCCCCCUUGAUGUGGCUGGUGAUCUCGGACAAGUGGCAUCAGGUGGACACGGUGCUCUUUGCUGUUCUCAACUCGAAGACCUACUUGCAGCGUCAUGGAAGGGACAAGGGACCUCAAGAGUUGGCACGUUCGCUGCGCAUGGCAGCUAUCCAGCUCCUUAUGAACAUCUUCGACCUCGAAGCGGUGGUUCCGCAUCGGCUGAGACAGUAUGCCCUGAAUUUCUCCAAUAUGAAAUCAGUGACGCAAACGCCCUUUCGCCUUGGGAUUUCUGAGGACAGCUUCGCCAUCGAUUUUAAGCUUCGCUUUCGUGGCUAUGCUCUCCUGGAAGAGGGUGCCAAGGUCCAAAGCAUCAUCUCCUGCUUUGCGAAGAAGGGCAGUGCAGACAGGGAUCAGUUCCGCAUCGCACUGGAGGCCACCGCGGUUCAAAGCUCUGAGGAGUGCAUGCUGGCCGGCGAAGCCACCGGAAAGCCGCAGGCUUGGCACAUCGUUUUCUGCUACAACGGGCAGCCAACAGUCCUCCCAGUGCCCCCGAUGGCAGGGGAAUGGCUUCAUUGUGCUAUCAGCUAUGCCGAUGGCCACACAGAGAUGUGCUGCUCUUGGGAUGGAGCUCCUGCUCGAAAGGUUGAGGCGGACUACAGCAAGGUGGAUCAGCGGGUAAGCACCGACGGCUACAUCGGCAUGGAGGUGACCAAGAAGCACAUCAUCAACAAUUUGCUGUGUGACAUUCAUUAUUUCCGG